AGCAGCUGUAGAUGUGUUUUCGAAAUUCUGGUUCACGGCCAGUAAACCGCCGGUGACAAUGAAUGAAAUAUCAUCUAACAGCUGAUUUGUAUUGAUUAUUUCACCAAAAACCAAAAAAGUUUUUGCAAUUUCGUUUGCUAAUUGUUUGCUUUAUCUGCUUUAUGCGCAAUCAAAAUUCGACGUGUUUCGCAUACUUCUUAAAGUGCUCAAUUUAUCUUACUGAGCGAGUAAAGUUGUAGCUUAUCUAUUACGGUGCUCUUGAGUUAGCUAACAAAAACAGAUCGUCUCGUUAAAUAUCACCGACGGAAUCUAAUUCCGACAUUACCUGGUUAGCUGGCCGAGUACGAGCAAACAGUGCAAUUGUUCCAGAGUGUGAAGUUAUGGAAGCUCCCAAAGUGAAGUUAUGUGAAAAUCCGCGCCAGGAUGCUGGUCUCUUCUCGGUGCUGACCUUCUGGUGGACCACCGAUAUGUUCAGGAAAGGAUCAUCGAGAACGCUAGGUCUGUCUGACCUUUACAAACCACUGAAUGAAGACCAUGCCGACAGGCUCGGAGAUCGAUUACAAGUCAACUGGGAACGACAACUAGAACAACGCAAAAAAGAUCCCAAACGGAAACCGUCACUGGUCAAAGCAAUAUUUCGCACUUUUCGCCUGGAGUGGAUCUGGUUGUCUGUACUGACCGUGUUUGGCGAGAUUGUACUGCGAAUCGCACAACCUAUCUUGCUCGGAAGAUUACUGCUGUAUUUCAGGCGACAAGCGGACAUCAGUUACGAACAAGCGUUAUACUAUGCGGUUGGGAUGGUCCUAACGAAGGCUGCCAGUAUUCUGGUGGAGAACCAAUACUCGAUCUGUACCUGUUUGAAUGGAGUUAGGACCCGAAUAGCUGUUUGCAGUUUGAUUUAUCGGAAAUCUUUGCGGCUUUCGAGAAACGCUUUGGGAGACACUUCCCCAGGAAAGGUUGUCAAUCUGUUGUCCAACGAUGUUAAUCGAUUCGAUAUUGUUGCCUAUCUGGUAUGCUACAUGUGGUCGGCACCGUUGUUGACGAUUGUGGUCGUGAUUCUACUGUGGUAUGAAGUUGGCUGGGCUGGACCUCUUGGAAUUUUGACAAUUUUUGCCAUUACACUGUUCCAAUCUUUUUUCGGUAAGCUGACUUCACGGUAUCGUCUACGGACGGCGAUGCGAGCGGAUGACCGUAUUCGGUUGAUGGAUGAAAUCGUGGCCGGAAUUCAUGUGAUCAAAAUGUACGCUUGGGAGAAACCGUUUGCCGCACUGAUUUCACUAGCACGAAAGGCUGAGCUUAAAUUUGUCUUGAGAAGUGGAUUGAUUCGUGGUUUGUACAUGACGUUCCAGCUGUUCACUACCAGGGCAGCAUUGUUUGCGACGAUGAUUACCCUGUUCCUGAUGCAAGAAGACAUAACUGCGGCCAAAGUGUUUGUGAUUGCCAGUUAUUUAAACAUUGUGGCCUACACGAUGGCGGGAAUGUUUGUACGAGGUGUUGCAGAAAUAUCGGAAGGUUUAGUGGCAACUAGGAGACUGCAGCGAUUUUUGGAGUAUGAGGAAAUACAACAAGCGGAAGAGCUGCGUAGAACUAUGGAAAAACAAAACGGUAAUCAAAAUGUGGAACUUUCAAACAUCGCCAUUUCUAUGCGCUCCGUAACGGCUCGUUGGGAGACACCUGGGUCGCAUGGCGAACAGUAUCCUCUAGCAUUCGCGGAACAGCAUCCUGCUACACUAGAUAGUUUGGACGUUGACUUCCCUAAGGGUAAAUUGAUUGGAAUUGUAGGAGCAAUUGGUUCCGGUAAAUCGUCCAUCUUACAAGCUAUUCUGCAAGAGCUGCCACUCGAGAGUGGGAAAAUAGUUUGCAAUGAAACAUUGUCCUAUGUCAGCCAGGAGCCGUGGUUAUUUGCAGGUAGCAUCAAACAGAAUAUUUUGUUUGGUUCGGAAAUGGAUAAAAAACGUUAUAAAUCGGUGGUGAGAGUGUGCGCUUUAGAUGCAGACUUGGAGCAAUUUCCAAACGGUGAUGAUACGUUGGUUGGAGAGCGCGGAAUUUCGCUUUCCGGUGGGCAGAAAGCGAGAGUUUGUUUGGCUCGAGCAGUCUACAGAAAGUCUGGCGUUUAUUUGCUGGAUGAUCCGUUAAGCGCCGUGGAUGCACACGUUGCACGUCACUUGUUCGAUUUAUGUAUUGGCUCGAAAGGUUUGCUGGGCAGACAAGGCGCUACCAGGAUUCUUGUGACACACCAGGUUCACUUCCUGAUUGAAUCUGAUUGGAUCAUAGUUAUGAACGAGGGCAAAGUGGAAGCUCAAGGAACUCCGCACGAUCUCAUGAAACGAGGAAUUGAUAUAUUAGACCUUAGCUCUGAUGAUUCGGAAGACACCUCAUUGAAUCAUUCCCACCUUGGUCGGCAAGUUUCUCAACUAUCGGUAGCUUCGACUACAUCCAGCAAUAGUGCAUUGAAUGAAAAAUUUGAUGCGGAUAAGGAAGAAGAUCUUAUUGAACAAUCAUUUGAAAAAUCUUCCGAAGAUACGACCAACAGUUCACUAUUCAUGCAUUACGCCUCCGGAACUGGAAGUUGGGUGGUUCUGGUCGGUCUGCUCCUAUUGUUUCUUGCCACUCAGCUUAUUGUCAGUUUUACGGAUUAUUGGGUGUCGUACUGGGUAUCCCAAGAGGAAUUAAGAGCUUUCAUUGCGGAGCAGAACGAAACGGUUGUGGCUGCGGGUUCACAGGAAGUUCCGCUCAGUUCCGAGAUCUGUAUGUACGUGCAAUGUUCAGCAGUAGUUGGGAUUUUUAUAAUAGGGCUAGGGAGAACAAUUGGAUUCUACUGCUCCUGUGCCCGAGCAUCGCAAGCAAUUCACGACUGGUCGUUCAAGGGUUUCAUCUCAGCGACCAAGCGUUUCUACGAUACUAACCCGUGUGGCAGGAUUCUGAAUCGCUUCUCCAAAGACCUGGGAGCUAUGGACGAACUUCUUCCGAAAGCGAUUCUCGAUGCAACGCAAGCGGUAUUGGCAAUCGCUGGCGCUAUGCUGGUAAUUCUGGUCGUUCAACCCUUCUUCUCGAUACCGGUUUUUCUGUUGCUGCUUGUCCUGCUGUACGCUAGAAAGAUUUAUUUGAAAACUUCCCAGAACACACGUAGGCUAGAAGGAAUAACCCGCUCUCCGGUAUUUUCCCACAUAUCGACCACCCUCAAUGGUUUGCCAACAAUCCGGUCAUAUUGUGUGCAGAAAUUCCUCAUUAAAGAGUUCGAUUUACACCAAAACAUUAACACCGGCGCAUAUUUUAUGUUUCACUGCGGCCGAAUAGCCUUCGGGUUGGUGUUGGACUUGAUCUUCUUCGUAUUUCUCGUUAUUGUAACAUUCACGUUUCUGCUACUGGAUACGGAUGCGCUGGGAGACAAGGUAGGUCUUGUUGUUACCCAAAUUACAUCCCUAGCUGGAAUGCUGCAAUUUGGCGUGCGCCAAAGUGCCCAGAUGUUUAAUCAUCUGAUUGCAGUGGAACGAUUGUUAGAGUACAAAAAUUUACCUGCCGAGAAGCAACCACCGGAGGACACCUUGCAAAUUAAAACAAAACAAUGGCCAUCGAUGGGAAGGAUACGCUUCUCGAAUGUUUGCUACAAAUAUUACGAAGAUGCUCCUCUAGUGCUUCGUGAUUUAACAUUUGAAAUUAAACCAAAAGAAAAGAUUGGAAUUGUUGGUCGAACCGGUGCGGGGAAGUCGUCGAUUGUUGGGGCGAUCUUUCGGACAGCAAUCGUUGAGGGUAACAUCAUAAUCGAUGAUGUUGAUACGUCUGAUAUUACAUUGGAAACGUUGAGAUCGAACAUCUCGAUCAUUCCCCAAGAUCCGAUCCUGUUUAGCGGAACCUUACGGAAGAAUCUUGAUCCGUUCGAUCGUUAUACCGAUUUGGAGCUGUGGAAGGCGUUGGAGCUAGUAGAACUAAAGGAUUUAGCUAAUGGUCCUCUGGGUCUUCAAGCGUACGUUGCAUGUGCCGGAACAAACUUCAGCGUCGGUCAGCGACAGUUGUUGUGUCUGGCCAGGGCGAUUCUUCGAAACAACAAAAUACUUGUUCUUGACGAAGCAACCGCAAACGUAGAUCCCGAAACUGACCGUUUGAUACAGUUGACGAUCCGGGAACGAUUUGUCGACUGUACUGUACUUACAAUUGCUCACCGUUUGAACACUAUCAUGGAUUACGACCGGGUGUUGGUAAUGAGCGAUGGCAAAGCCGUAGAGUUUGGAACUCCCUAUGACUUACUACAAUUACCCAGUGGAGUGUUCCGUGCUAUCGUGUUGGCAACCGGAGCAGUUGAGUCGGAGAAUCUCAUCAAUAUGGCUAAUAAACACAAUAAUCAGAAUGUAGAAAAUGUAGACUGUUAAACUGUUGAAAGAAACAUAAGUAUGUACAUAUUGUUUUGUACUUAAACUGCCCAACUAUGUUAGAAUAGUAUAUAUUGUAUACGUUUAGAUUAUACAAAUAAAAUGUCUUUAUAAUACAA